CAAGAGAGUUAACGAAAAAAAUAUGGCACUACGACGGUUCAGGUCAUGUCUUACAAAACUUCAUGUAUCAGCUAAUUACCACAGUUUUGUCCGCCUUUGUUCAUCUACAUAUAAAAGCAAAUAUUCGAUAGAAAACAUUUACCCGAACAGUGAUCCGAAUUUUCUACGGAAAGUCGAGUUUAAGCAUACAUAUAAUAAUGACACAGAAGAGGAAUUUACAGGAUAUAUACCUUUAGAUGAUAUUUCAAUAAAAGCUGUAAGAGGGAGUGGUCCAGGUGGACAGAAUGUAAAUAAAGUUAGCUCAAAGGUAGAAGUACGUUUUCAUGUUGAGAGUGCCACAUGGAUACCAGAAUGGAUCAAGAAAAAUCUAAUUGAAAAUGAGAAAGGUAGAAUAACAAAGGAUGGUGACUUAGUUGUAACAUCAGAGAAAACAAGAACACAAAUGUUGAACCAGGCUGAUUGUCUUGACAAAGUACGGGAAAUGAUAUAUAAUUCAGCUAAGAAACCUGUGGAAAUGACAGAGGAAUACAAAAAAGUAGUUGCAAAAAGGUUGGCCAAAGCUAAUAUGGAGCGCCUACAGAGAAAGAGGGCAGAUUCAUUAAAGAAGAAAAACAGAAGGAGUGAAUAGAUGAUUGAACAAACGACUAUGAAUACGAUUAUAAAUACUUAUAAAAUAUCUAUGUCAUGUGUGUGUGUGUGUGUUACAGCUAUAGCAGUUACAUUAUCCAAAAAUGUGUGACUUAAUGAAAUUGUAGAAGACA